UCUUAAAUGUUGUUUAUAUUAAUCUAAGCCGUACAUGAAUGCGAGUAAAAUUAUUAGCAUAACACAACGGUUAUUAAACAACGAUGCUGCUAGCUUGUAGUAGCUAGAGUCCCUUCAUGGAGAGAGUUACGACAUGAGGCGAAAAAUACGGUCACGUGACUCGUGGGGCCAUCUUGGGGCCAAAUUCGCGUUUGCGUUCACCUUUUCUUUUACUGCGAAUAUACCAAUUGAUACAUCUAUUUCGGGACAUCGAUUCGACUAAAUCUAUAACCGUAUUCUUGGCCGUAUUCUUGUUUAUUCACCAAAAAUGCCGGGUUGUUGUGCAUUUGGAUGCACAAAUAGACAUGACAAGGGUUUCAAGCUGUACAGAUUCCCUUCAGAUCUCAACCGACGGACAAUUUGGGAGAAUAAAAUCAACCGUUUGGGCUGGAAGCCGAACUCGUCUUCAAAGCUGUGCGAGGCACACUUUGAUGCUUAUCAGUUUGAAAGUGAGCGUGCUGAUCAGAAAAGGAGGCUUAAGUAUUCUGCAGUGCCUACCAUCUUCUGCCACCGCAGUACCCCAAAGCCACGAAAGCCUCCAAAAAAGCGCGGUGGGCCUACAAAAGAAAUAUGUUCACCCAAGCGACGUGUGACAUCUGUUCUUGGAGACCAUAGCUAUGCUGCUGACCCACAGCUUCAGAGACUUCCGAUUUCUUGUGUGAAAAUGGCAAGCCGGCGUGCUCUGAAGGCCGUCCUCAUUGACCUGAGUGGAACUCUGCACAUAGAAGACGCAGCAGUGCCUGGGGCACAGGACGCCCUCUCCAGGUUACGGCAGGCGUCCGUUGCUGUGAAGUUUGUGACCAACACAACAAAAGAGAGUAAGAGGAACCUGCUGGAAAGACUGCAACGACUCAACUUUGACCUCCAGGAAAAGGAGAUCUUCACAUCACUGAGUGCUGCAAGAAGUCUCUUAGAGAAGACCAAACACAGGCCGCUGCUGCUGGUGGAGGAGAGCGCCCUGGAAGACUUCACAGGUAUCGACACAUCGGAACCAAACGCCGUUGUCAUCGGACUUGCUCCGGAUCAUUUUAACUACCAGACUAUGAACAAGGCUUUCAGACUGAUUCUGGAUGGCGCUCCUCUGUUCGCCAUCCAUAAGGCUCGUUACUACAAGCGGAAAGAUGGUUUGGCCCUCGGCCCCGGGCCCUUUGUAACCGGACUGGAGUACGCCACAGACUGUCAAGCUACCGUGGUGGGGAAGCCUGAAAAGACGUUCUUCACGCAGGCUCUCGCUGAUUUAGGAUGUAGCCCUGAUGAAGCAGUCAUGAUAGGAGAUGAUGCCAGGGAUGACGUGGGAGGAGCUCAGAGCGCAGGAAUGUUGGGGAUCUUGGUCCGAACUGGUAAAUACAGACAAGGAGACGAGAAUAAAAUCGACCCUCCGCCUCACCUGACGUGUGACAGCUUUCCUGACGCUGUUGAACAUAUCCUCAAGAACUUACUGUGACAUCACCACUUAGCUUAACAGCCAGCUGUCCUGUUUUGCAAGUACAUAUGGAAGGUAACGAUGUAGUUAAAUACUAUAUGGUGCAUUGUUGUGGCACACUAAUAUUGUAAUUGCUUUGUUUAGCAAUGUCCCCCAGAAUUCAAGGCAUAUACUAUAGAACAAAAAAAAAACAGGAUUAGAACAGAUUUUUAAGUUUAAUAUUUUUCCCAAUUACUCAUGACAUGAAUACUUCAGGGUCUGUUGGGAUCAAACAGAUUCAAACUCUUUCUCCCAGGCCGUGUGUCUCUCCAUCAGGCCGCGGGCCGAUGGUUUGGUGUGGGCAAGGACUUCCAGGAAGUCCUGCGUUGUCACGGUUUCUAGGCGGAUGGCCAGCAGGCCCUUAUCCCCUGUGACAGACGUCAAGCUUCAGUCAGUGCAUUAGAUCAGCACGUUAAAUCAAGACUGCAUCUGCUGUAUUCACAACAUUUCACGCUUUCCACAUUUUGUUGUCUUAUUUCAAAAUGUAAUAAUAAUUUUUAAAAAAUCAUCAUUGUAUUCUACACACAACAUUCCAUUUUGACUACAUGCAAAAUAUAUAUAUAUUUUUUUAUAAAUGUUAGCAAAUGAGCAAAAAAAAAUAAAAAUCACAUAUGCAUAAGUAUUCACAGCCUUUUUUCGAUGAUCUUUGAUGCCACAAGCUUGGCACACGUAUCUUUGGACAGUUUCUGCCAUUCCAAAAGACAUGAGGCUGCGUUUGCUGCGUGAGGCUAUGUGUAUUAAAAAGAUCACACGAAAUACAGGAAGUGAAUAAAUGUACUGCAACAGAUGUAAAACGGAUUGGGCGGUGGGAUGAAAUAAGCUUUGCUUCUUCCUACUCCUUCUGGACACGUGGAACUGCGAUUUGAAUGAUGUGAUGUAUUCCACUGUAACUUGCAUGCAUGUUCAAAUCAAAUGAAACCAUUGCCGUUACCAAACGUGCAUCGGUUAAGUACUGAGCAAAGGCUGUGCAUGCUUAUACACAUGAAUAUAUUUGCAAACAUUUCGCAUUGUCAUUAUGGGAUGUUGUGUGUAGAACUGCGCGGGGGGAAAAAAUCAGUGUAACAAAGAGAAGCAAUGUGGCUACUUUCCGGAUGCGCUGUAUGUUAGUACAAAGCCAGAUGGAGCUGACAUGCACGGAUAAUACGGGUACAGUCUAAGCCCUUCACAAAGAUGCUUAAAGGGGACCAAUAAACCCGGGUGAUGCAUUGUA